CGAAAUUCCGUGACACUGAAGUACUUUUUUAGUGUUGCUGACGAGACGCUGAUCCCAGCCGCACAGUCAGUGGCUACUGAAGAAGGUGUCUCGUCCUCUGAAAAAGGUAGGGUUGCAAAGGGUCGGAAACUUUCUCUUGUGGAAUAUUUUGGUUGAACUAUCCGCAAUUCAAUGGAAUUGCAACCCUCUGCAUGCACAGUGCAUUCUUCCAUCACAUGUACAGCUGAUUCUCAAGAUCUUGCACACUAAUGAGAUGCUAUUGAGCCCACACGACUACACUGUCUAAGCCAAGGACUACAUGCUUUCUGCCAGCUCUUAUAAGUUCCCUCCAGCCAGGCAGCUAGAUGAGUCAGCGGAAGGAGCGCCGCGGGAUCCACGUGGACCAGUCAGAGCUGCACUGCAACAAGGGCUGCGGUUACUAUGGCAAUGCCGCCUGGCAGGGCCUGUGCUCCAAGUGCUGGCGGGAGGAGUACCAGCGGGCCCGGCAGAAGCAGAUCCAGGAGGACUGGGCCCUAGCUGAGAAGCUGCAGAGGGAGGAGGAGGUUGCCUAUGCCAGCAUCCAGGGGGCCCAGUCCCAGCCCCAGGCACAACCCCAGGCAUCUCUGGCACCCUUCUCCAAGUUCGAGGAGAAGAAGACCAAUGAGAAGACCCGCAAGGUGACCACUGUGAAGAAGUUCUUUAGUCCCUCGUCACGGACAGCCCCCAAGAAAGAGAACCAGGAGGGCAAGACCCCCAGCCCCUCCAUCAGCCGCCAAUCAAGCAUUGAGACAGACCGUGUCUCCAGAGACUUUGUGGACUUCCUGAAGACCCUGCAUAAGCCUGGCCGUGAGGUCCACAAGCAGAGCCGAGCCUUCAUCGAGAUCAUGGCCAACAAAAAGGACUUGAGUGCUGACGAGCUGUCAGAGUGUGUCCAAGACUUCUACCAGAAUUUGUCCGACCGCCUCAUGACUCAUUUUAAAGGCUCUUCAGAGCGUGUGGAGCGAGUGAUGGACGAGGUGGAGAAGUACAUUAUGACACGCCUGUAUAAGAGUGUCUUCUGCCCCGAGACCACAGACGAUGAGGAGAAAGACCUGGCCACUCAGAACCGGAUACGGGCGUUACACUGGGUGGACAUUCAGAUGCUUUGUGUGCCAGUGGAUGAGGAGAUCCCAGAGGUUUCAGACAACGUGGUCAAAGCCAUAACAGAUGUCAUCGAGAUGGACUCCAAGCGGGUACCCCGGGACAAGCUAGCGUGCAUCACGCGCUGCAGCAAGCACAUCUUCAGCGCCAUCAAGAUCACGAAGAGCGAGCCAGCCUCGGCCGACGACUUCCUGCCCACCCUGAUCUACAUCGUGCUGAAGGCCAACCCUCCACGCCUGCAGUCCAACAUCCAGUAUAUCACCCGCUUCUGCAACCCCAGCAGGCUCAUGACUGGAGAGGACGGAUACUACUUCACUAACCUGUGCUGUGCAGUUGCCUUCAUCGAGAAACUGGACGCCCAGUCUCUCAACUUGGACCCAGAGGACUUUGAGCGCUACAUGUCGGGCCAGGCCUCUCCUCGCAGGCCUGAGGCAGACAGCGGCUGGCCCCAGGUGGACCCUCCUAGUGGUUCUGCCGCCUCCAGUCCCGCCCUAUCCCAGGUCUACCAGAACCUGGACCUCCUGUCUGGCCUGGGGAGCCGACAAGACAGGGUUCUGGAGGGGGUGCAGAGCCUACAGAGAGACCUGAUCACCUGGCAGGAGAGUGUGGAGCGAGAGGUGCAGGAGAUCCUGGAGAAGUACCCGCUGGAGAUCCGCCUGCCCACCCCCUCCGCCAUUGACUCAGACAACGUGGAAAACGACCGGCUGCCACCACCACUGACGCCCCAGGUGUUUGCUGGGUAAUGUCUCUGCAGAAUCGGAGGCAACAAAGGGCUUCUUGAACAAAUGACUGCGCCUCUCUAAUGUCUUGAGACGUCAUUGGCUCUUCACUUUGGUGAGGUUCAGGAAGUGGCAGCCCCCUCCUGUCUCCACUGCUACGCUUUUAAACAUUCUCACAUACUGUAAGCUUUGGUCCAUUUUGGCCCCAGACCCUUUUCUGAUAGCAUUCACAGAUCUUACUAUCUCAGCCUGGUUAAAUUAAGCAUUAAUAGAUCAAAAGGAUGGACUAAGUUUGAGGAAAAGGGUUUAGGGACUGAAAUGAAGCCAAGCCAAAACAAUGCUCCUGCAUACACAUAAUCCUUUUAGACCAGACCUCUUCAGAUGGCCUCACACUAUGUAUGGCGGAGUUGGCAUUCGGCCCUAGUCUGUAAUCCUCUACAACCCCGCUGCACAGACCUAGACGGCACAUCUUGAUACUGUAAGAUUACUUCUCCAGCUUGUAGUGCCGAAUGUAUUUUUAGAUGGCUGCUGCUGAAUUUGGGAAACGCUGACUUCUGCAUCUUGCAGUAUGCACUCUGCAGAAUUGUAUAAUCUGCUUGCAUGUUCUUUGCUCCUAUCCUUAUUGAGUCUCCAGCAAGGGACCAGGGUGCAGGCUAAUUGUGCGCAAUGGGGGGAAAAGGGAUGCGUUUCAUCCAAAUCCAAAGGUCUUAAGCUGGUUCUUAUGUGAUUAUGCCCCAAUGAGUGGUCUCAACUAAUAUUUGUAAAGGUAAUAUAGAGUGCUUAAUCAUCAGAAAAGUAUGAAUUAGGUAGGUAAGGUACUUUUAACUUCUGUCAUUAAUUUUAUAUCUCAACUAUGUGUCAGUAUAAGAGCCCUUACUGUAAGUAUUAAAGGACCUUUUUCCUGAUGAUGUGAUCUGACCAGGAAAACUCCUGUUACACUCAUGUAGGAUGCCCAUGAGGCAUAGUAAUGCUGAAGCAUGCUUCUUGUUAUACCAUGGAGUCGCAGGGCAAUACUUUUUUUUGAUAGUUGAACCAUGGUGCUGAUGCUGUAAACUACAAUGUGUACUACAAUAGGGAAAUUAUCCUGUAUGUUCCUAAAUGAACAAUGUAUUAAAAGGGAAUUUAUUCUCCCAGGUACAUAAUAUGUAUUGGUUGGGGAUAACAAUAUUAUUGGGGGGCAGUGUAAGAAGUUAGCUUUUUAACACGUUAAUGUUGGAUAAACAAUUACUACCUAUGGUAUUAUGAGAGGCAAAGCACAUACAGUGGGGCAAAAAAGUAUUUAGUCAGCCACCAAUUGUGCAAGUUCUCCCACUUAAAAAGAUGAGAGGCCUGUAAUUUUCAUCAUAGGUACACUUCAACUAUGACAGACAAAAUUUGAUUUUGUUUCUCCAGAAAAUCACAUUGUAGGAUUUUUUAUGAAUUUAUUUGCAAAUUAUGGUGGAAAAUAAGUAUUUGGUCACCUACAAACAAGCAAGAUUUAUGGCUCUCACAGACCUGUAACUUCUUCUUUAAGAGGCUCCUCAGUCCUUAACUCGUUACCUGUAUUAAUGGCACCUGUUUGAACUUGUUAUCAGUAUAAAAGACACCUGUCCACAACCUCAAACAGUCACACUCCAAACUCCACUAUGGCCAAGACCAAAGAGCUGUCAAAGGACACCAGAAACAAAAUUGUAGACCUGCACCAGGCUGGGAAGACUGAAUCUACAAUAGGUAAGCAGCUUGGUUUGAAGAAAUCAACUGUGGGAGCAAUUAUUAGGAAAUGGAAGACAUACAAGACCACUGAUAAUCUCCCUCGAUCUGGGGCUCCACGCAAGAUCUCACCCCGUGGGGUCAAAAUGAUCACAAGAACGGUGAGCAAAAAUCCCAGAACCACACGGGGGGACAUAGUGAAUGACCUGCAGAGAGCUGGGGCUGGGACCUGGGACCAAAGUAACAAAGCCUACCAUCAGUAACACACUACGCCGCAAGGGACUCAAAUCCUGCAGUGCCAGACGUGUCCCCCUGCUUAAGCCAGUACAUGUCCAGGCCCGUCUGAAGUUUGCUAGAGAGCAUUUGGAUGAUCCAGAAGAGGAUUGGGAGAAUGUCAUAUGGUCAGAUGAAACCAAAAUCUAAAUUUUUGGUAAAAACUAAACUUGUCGUGUAUGGAGGACAAAGACCAAAGAAUGCUGAGUUACAUCCAAGAACACCAUACCUACUGUGAAGCAUGGGGGUGGAAACAUCAUGCUUUGGGGCUGUUUUUCUGCAAAGGGACCAGGACGACUGAUCCGUGUAAAAGAAAGAAUGAAUUGGGCCAUGUAUCGUGAGAUUUUGAGUGAAAAUCUUCUUCCAUCAGCAAGGGCAUUGAAGAUGAAACGUGGCUGGGUCUUUCAGCAUGACAAUGAUCCCAAACACACCGCCCGGGCAACGAAGGAGUGGCUUCGUAAGAAGCAUUUCAAGGGUCUGGAGUGGCCUUGCCAGUCUCCAGAUCUCAACCCCAUAAAAAAUCUUUGGAGGGAGUUGAAAGUCCGUGUUGCCCAGCAACAGCUCCCAAAACAUCACUGCUCUAGAGGAGAUCUGCAUGGAGGAAUGGACCAAAAUACCAGCAAGUGUGUGAAAACCUUGUGAAGACUUACAGAAAACGUUUGACCUCUGUCAUUGCCAACAAAGGGUAUAUAACAAAUUAUUGAGAAACUUUUGUAGGUGACCAAAUACUUAUUUUCCACCAUAAUUUGCAAAUAAAUUCAUUAAAAAUCCUACAAUGUGAUUUUCUGGAUUUUUUUUCUCUUUGUCUGUCAUAGUUUAAGUGUACCUAUGAUAAAUUACAGGCCUCUCUCGUCUUUUUAAGUGGGAGAACUUGCACAAUUGGUGGCUGACUAAAUACUUUUUUGCCCCACUGUAACACUCCUCAAUUCAUUUGUAACUUGAACAAAUACUUUUUAAUUGUUUCCUUGGUGUACUGCUGCUGUGCGAUUCCAAGUCGGUGGAAGCAGAAAAUAUUGUAGUCUCAGGUUGUUCUGGCAAUUCUCACAUAGUGACUUUAUUGACAGAAAGGAUGUUUAGCAAGCUUUUUACAUUUGUAUCACAAACCAUUUUAGGCCCUCUUUAUACCUACGCCGUACAUGCCUCCUGUAAGACCCUAUGAUCUGUGAACAGUACAUGAUACAGACAACAUCUUGGUGCCAUUAUACUCUUUAUAGUGUGAUCCAUUAUACUCUUUAUAGUGUGACCCAUUACUCUUUAUAGUGUGAUCCAUUAUAUGGAGUAUGUCUAGAUUCUGAAAUACAAAUGUUCACAUUCAUUUAUUAAACAUUACAAAUACUAUUAUAAAUAUCUCAAAACUACCCUUUCUGAUUGUGUUCAUUUGAAGACAUAUCGUUUGGAACAAUAUACUCUACAAGUACAUCACAUUUACAGAGUGGGCUCUCUGCUAAUUCUGGAGUAAUAAUACAUUUUGAGCACCACCAACAUAGUGAAUGAGGAAAAAUGGAUUUAAAGAGAACUCCAUCUGUUGGUGAUUACUAAAUGUGCAAGCCUAAAGGAGGGAUGAGAUUGGUUAAUGACCUAUAAUGUCAAUUUCUAUGUAUAAAAUGUAUGAUUUCUUUAACAGUAGCAGAGAGUCACUCUGGAAAUGUGAUGUUUGAAGAGUAUAUUGUUGAAAACUGUUUAAAAUUAAGAAAUCAAGUUGAGAUAUUCAUUAAUUGAGAUUCAUUAAUAUUUAAUGUUUUAUAAAUUGAUGUGAAAGUGUAUUUCAGAAUCUAGACAUACUGCAUAUAAUGGAUCACACUAUAAAGAGUAUAAUGACACCAAGAUGGUCUGUAUCAUGUACUGUUCACAGAUCAUAGGGUCUUACAGGAGGCAUGUAUAGGUAUAAUAAGGGCCUAAACUGGCCACUUUCAACAUGAUUUUCUCAAAAAUAUUUUGCAUUACGAAUGUAGAAAGCAUGUCAAACAUCCUUCCUCCCAAUGAAGUUCCUAUGUGAGAAUUGCCAGAACGAUCUUCCGCUGGGCUAGAAUCGACCUGCUAUAUUUUAAAUUUAUUUUGAUGGUGCAGAAUUAUUUCUGGCUGUAAAAUAUAUAUAUAUAUCAAGGUAAUGGUACUACUUAAGCUAAAUGUGAGAACGUAUCAAUAAGCGUGCUAAAAUGUGGCCCUUUAAUUUUAUUAUCACAUUCAAACGGUUGGAAAAUAUUUAAGAGGAUGCCAGUCUAGUGAAACAAAGGAUUAAUAGAGGACUUUCAGUUAAUACGCAUCUUUUCCAUUUUGCAACAGAUCUGGGAGCACCAUCCUAAGUUUAUUCUUCAGACAGUGGUACAAUCUGUGAAACCUGAAGUUGACCAAGACGCAGGUUACUGUGUUAUGUACAAAAUGCCAGUGAACUGCUGAUAUAUGGAGGUGGCAUGUUGUAUAUCAUAAUGUAAUCGUGAAAUAUGGAUGAUACCUGGGGAAUGUUCAGUGGGGCGAAACACUCAGAACAAUGCCGAAGGGACACUUCUUAACAGUUCGAUCUGAUUACCGCAUGGUGUUUGCUAUCAGCAAUCCAUUUAAUGUUUUAAUCACCUGAAUAAGCCCCUGGUUGUAAAGUGUUAAUUAACAUCACUCAUUCCGUUGUUACACAUAGACAUAACAGGUACUCUACUUUAACACUGUAAUCAACUGUGACUGACUGCUAAGGGGUCUCUUAAGAGAUUUCUAAACAAGUAUGUGUAUAUUUAUGUCAACUUUUAAACUGAAUGGCACAUCACUUUUUAUUAUGGACAUGUAACUUAUAAGAAUAGCCUUGUUUUACAGUGUCUAUUGUCAGUGUAUUAAUUGCCAUUCAAUGAAUAAACCCCUGGAUUUCAAAUCCA